UUUUUAUUUUUUUAUUCACUGUCUUCCUGAUGUGUGUAUAUAUGCACAUAUAUAUGUACAUAAUACGAAAAAUUAUUGAGUUUCAAGCAUUUAUUUUUGUAUUUAUUUACACAUUUAAUUCCAUUGUUGAUUCCAUUUUAAUUCCAUUGAUUUUGGAAUUUUUACUAUUUUGCCCUAUGUAAGACAAUUACGUACGUUUUCGCGAUUAAUCGUACAGUAUUGAGCAAGACUUCCGCAAGUAUCUCGCGUUUGUCGCUCGAAAUUACACUUGUACUCUACUGGAUUUACAUCGUUUCGCAACGUGCGGUAAGACGAGAGUCCGCGGGCGCGCUUCUACGUUCGCUGGGCGAGACGGUGGUGCGUCCGGCGGAUUGUCGGCGCGACCGCCAGAGGCGCUCCGCUCGGGAGCGUCGUUCUUUGUUUCGGUUUCGGAGCGCAGUCUCCGUCCGACGAAGCGCAGUGCCCGGCUGACGAAAAUUCGCUCGGCGCGCGGUAACGAGCGAGAGGAGCGAGAGAGCGGGAUCCGACCGAGAGAGAGAGAAAGAGAGACGCCCGUCGGAGAGCUCGGCGACCCCCGGGUGGACGGACGACGCGUUCCGCGCGGAAAGGAAUGCUUGCGGACGGACGCUUUUACCGCGAGAACAAUCGAAUCGGUUCGACUCGCUCCCUCUGUAAAUAAGCCGAGUAGUUCGCGAGUGAGUGUGCAAAGUGUGCGCGAGAGUAGAAAGGAGUGGGUAUACGGCAGGAGCGUGUGAAGAGAAAAAACGCAGAGUAAGCGUCACGGGGGAGAAGAAGAGGAAGAAGAAGAAGAAGCAGCAAAAGAAAGAGAAGGAGGUGGUGAAGGAGGAGAUAUCGGAAGUGUCGAAGUGACGAAGGGCGCGCGCGUGUGACAGCAGCAGUCCCGACGCUUUUCCGCCUUCUUCCUUCUGUCUCCUUUCGCCGUCUCUCUCUUUCUCUCUCUCCUCGUCCGCUAGUCGCGUCGAGAGGUGGUGAUAGAGGUGCAGUUCUCUCUCUCGCGUUCUCGCUCUCUCCCCGGUGUCGCGAGCGCGUUUGCGCCGCGUUUCGCAUUGUUUGGCCGGCGAUAGUACAACGUUGCUCGCGUGCGGCUCCGCUCCGGUUCGCUGAGCGACAGAGAAGGAAGAAGGAAAAGAAGGAAAAAGAGAGUUAAAGAGGAAGGAAGGAAGGAAGGAUCUCGUUGCCAGCGACGAUCCGCCGCCGACGUGCACGACGACGAGCAAGCGCGUGGAGGAUCGAAGAGGCGAGACGAAAACGCGAGACGGCGGCGCUCCGGGGGUGGGAUAACUGUGCCGCCGCCGACGUCCUUGUAUCCGUGCGAUUCGUACGUCCGUGUGGUCGCCGCCGCCUUCUGUGUUUAGCGCGCCGCGACGGGGGUUGCCGACACCGACACCGCUGCCGCCGCCACCGCCGCCGCCGCUGUCGCUGUUGUAUCACCAUCGAUUGCCGGCCACCGAUCUGCCGGGCACAACAGUAGUGUGCGUGUAGUGACGACGACGACGUGGAUUAGCAGCAGCGGGGUUAGACGAGGAAGGAGGAGAAAAAGAAAAAAGUGCCGCCCGCGAGUUUUCCGUGUAACGCGUUGCCGUUAGUGUAUUACCACGGGGUUAACGGUGAAUCUCUCGGAGGUGACGCACCGCGCCGACGACGCCGCCGCUGCCACCACCGCCGCCGCCGCCGUCGUCGCCGCCGCCACCACCGCCACGACCUUGGAGACAGUGGAGAGUUUCGGAAUCGGUUACGGCCAGGGAGCGGGCGAGAGCACAGGCAACUGGAUGAAACCACCGGGGAAUCUCUUUCUCUACCCGACGCUAGACAUGAAGGAUCUGACAGGAUCCGUGGAGGAUAUGAUCGCUCCCUCAACAAAAAAGCUCUGGGGCGUGGACGAGGGUGGCUCGAAGGACGAAGGGGGUGUAAAAGGUGGUGGGACCCUGCUUCACUUGGGCGACCACCCGACUACCAUGUGGCGAGAUUCCACCUGGAGCACGACGUCAGAUCAUGCAGUGUCGCAACCAAUUUCAAUGGGUACGGGUAGACGUGUGGGAGUUGGAACAGGAUAUCACCAUCAAGCGUCAGAAGUCGGGACAGUGCUCAGUCCUAGAAGCAGUGAAACAGGAGGUUUGGGAGUUAAAAUGGUUGAAUACGUUCUUGGAUCAAGUCCUACUACACCAAAAGAUUUGGAACCACGAAUAGUAUCUCUGAGAUUGAAUGCCGAUACAGACAAGAAAGAAAAAGAAAAAGGUUCGGCAAGCCCCUUUGAUAGUACAAAGGAUGAUGCUGGGCCGCAAGGUAAUGGAUUAGCGUCACAAAAUGGCUUAGACGACGACAAAGGAUUUAAUCGCACACCCGGAAGCCGUCAACCGUCACCGGGCGAGGAGGAAUUUCAGAAAAACGCUGCUGCCACUCUGGCCGUGAACGCUGGUGGUGGCGGCGUCGUGCUGCUGAAACCCGGGAUCGACGUUGUCGGUAGCGAGGAACAUUUCAUGGCGGCAUUUGCGCCAGCACCGCCGCAUCAUCUGCAACAUCAUCAGGCACCGCCGACUCAUCAUCUACAACAUCCGCACUCGCACGCGGCAGCACAACUUUUCGGGGCGCAAGCUCCGCCGCCGCCGCAGGGUCCACCACCCUCACAGCAACAGCAACAGCAACAAGGUCCUCCGCAGCCACAAGACACCACUACACACUUCGACGUCCAGCAAUUGUUUCGCAGUCAACCGCAAGGUGCGACGCCGCAGCAACUACAACUUCUGCAGCAGCAGCAGCAGCAACAACAGCAACAGUACCUAGCCGCGUCCCAAGCGCAACAGCAGCAGCAGCAGCAACAACAACAAAACUUUCCUACGGCCCCCUAUACCGUUAUCAGCGGUCAAGAGCCCUACGUAGGGGCGCUGAUUGCCGGCGCACCACCCCCUGUGGUACCGCAGUACUAUGGUGUCGGGCCCUGGGUCUAUCCGGCUGGAUUGCUGCCGCAGGCACCGCCUCAGGCGGCCGCGCCACCACCACCCCGGCGACCGCUCACCCCCUCUUCGGCAGCGGCCGCGGCCGCCGCUGCACAGGACACCGCUAACAAUCUGGCACAAACAGUACAGGGUCAAUAUCAGGUGAUACCGGCUUAUUACGAUCAGAACGGUUCCAUCGUCAUGGGAGGCGUGCGCGGACUAAGUUCGGCAGCGACCCCCAUGAGAUUAGUCAGUCCCGCACCAGUUCUCGUGAACAGAGCUCCGUCUCAACCACCACCGGGUCCGCCGGCACCGCCACCGCCGAAUCUAUAUUCUCAACCGACUCCGACAUCGCACAGCAACGCUACACCCGGCGAAUGCCUAGGUCUGGCAGCGUGCAGCGCAGCGGCAGUGGUCGCGCAAGCCCAGGCAGUUGCGGUGCAACAGGCGCAGCAGCAAGGCUCGGGACUUGCCGCUGGUUUAGCGGCUCUAGGAUACGGCGGCUCCCCGCUCGGGGCAUUGGGCUCGCCUGCCCAACUGCAGAACACAGGUUUAGGCCUCGGUGCGUCUUCAACCGGCAGACGAGAUUCCUUUGAUAGAAAUACUUCAGCCUUCAGUCCAAGCUUGGAAUAUAGCCGGGCGAAGUGGCCUCAGAGUUACGGCGCCCUCGAUACAGGUACCUGGGACAGAGUGUAUUUAACUACAAAUGCAGGUACUUCCUGCAAAGAAUAUACAGACACAGGUACAGUCACCGCGUCACCGAGUCCCUUAGGCUUAUCAUUAACACCACCACCAACUUUAGGGGGAUCCUUGGGUGGCCUUGUUGGAGGAGCUAGUCGAGUGUCAGCAGCCCCUGGUGCCGAAGCCAAAUUCCGCGCCAGCGCGGUACCCACCCUAACAGCCAAUGGAGUGUUUGGCUCUAGUAGCUCUCUAUUUCCUAAUCUUGUAGGCAAGCCUGGUCGUGGAGGUACCGCUAAUAUCAGCGACAAAAAUUCUGGAGGACGAUCCCGCUUAUUGGAAGAUUUUCGAAAUAAUCGUUUCCCGAGUCUUCAGUUGCGCGAUUUGGCUAAUCAUAUAGUUGAAUUCAGUCAAGAUCAGCAUGGUUCACGAUUUAUUCAGCAGAAAUUGGAACGCGCCUCAGCCAGUGAGAAACAGCUCGUAUUCCAAGAGAUCCUUUCCUCCGCAUAUUCUCUUAUGACAGAUGUCUUCGGAAAUUAUGUUAUUCAGAAGUUCUUUGAAUAUGGUACACAAGAACAAAAAUCGACUCUCGCUCAAAAGGUUCGCGGACAUGUCCUACCGCUCGCACUGCAGAUGUAUGGCUGCAGAGUCAUACAGAAGGCACUCGAGUCGAUCGGACCAGAACAGCAACAGGAAAUUGUGCGAGAGUUAGAUGGGCACGUGUUGAAGUGCGUUAAAGAUCAAAAUGGGAAUCACGUUGUGCAGAAAUGCAUCGAGUGCGUUGAACCGCGAGCAUUGCAGUUUGUGAUAGGAGCUUUCGCAGGACAAGUAUAUUCUCUGAGUACUCAUCCUUAUGGCUGUCGAGUGAUCCAACGUAUUCUCGAACAUUGUACUCCUGAACAAACUCAAGGAAUUCUGCAAGAAUUGCAUGCUGCCACUGACCAACUAAUUCAAGAUCAAUACGGCAAUUAUGUUAUUCAACAUGUGCUUGAACAUGGAAAGCCAGAAGAUAAAGCACAAUUAAUCGGCAGCGUUAGAGGCAAAGUACUCGCUCUUUCCCAGCACAAAUUUGCGAGCAAUGUCGUUGAAAAAUGUGUGACUCAUGCUACAAGACAAGAACGUGCUGUACUGAUUGAAGAAGUUUGCGGCUUCAAUGACAACGCGUUAAAUGUGAUGAUGAAGGAUCAGUAUGCCAAUUACGUCGUUCAGAAAAUGAUUGAUGUCGCGGAACCGGCGCAGCGCAAGGUUCUGAUGCAUAAAAUCCGACCGCAUUUGGCAAGCUUGCGCAAGUACACCUAUGGCAAGCACAUUAUUGUGAAAUUGGAAAAGUUUUUUAUGAAGACCGCUUCGGCGAUGGGAGUAGGAGCGACACCUGCUGGCACAUCGACGAGCAGCGGAGGUGGCGAUCUCGGCCCGAUUGGACCUCCUGCGUCUGCUGCAUCUAGCUCGGUUUCAACAUCAAACCAGCAGUCAACGCAAGUUUUAUAAACACGCGUGCACCGGGAUCACCUUCCUUCGCGGAAAAGGAAAUAAGAUCCAUAAAAGAAGAAGCAAGAAAAACUGCAAUGUCCGCACGCUGCGUUAAGUACUACCCUAUCUUUUAUCUUACCGAGAUCUGUUCUAUCCAUCGACGGGAAUGACGAAUUUCAACGAAUUUCCCCACAUUUGUUUCUUCUCUCGUUUUGCCCUGUGUCCUUCGAAAGCAAGAGAAAAAGAGGCGGAAAAAUCUCGGACGAUUGUUUCUUGUGAAAUGAAUGAAGAAAUGAACUAUAAUGUAAUGAUUUUUCUUAUUUUUGCAGUCGUAAAAUCGACGAUAUUUGUACAGUAACUAGCUUCUUUGGGACCCGGGCAACGCGAGAUCACAUUAUGACGAAGUCUGUUCCAACGAGAACCCCAUGAAAAAGCAGUCAGUAGAGACGAAGAUAGAUACGUUGUAGCGCAUUUUUUCUAUCGUUUUGCAAUACGUACCCCGUACGUAGGGGAGUAUCACGUGCGUAGAGAUAUUUGCAUUACCGAAUGUAUCAAGUAUACCGAAGUAGAAAUUGCACUAUGAUUUCCGAUUUGCAAACGAUGUUUCUCACGAUCGACUCGACGAAUUUCAGGUAUAUUUCAUGACCAAUCGGCACACACUGAGCUGAGCCAUUGGCUGAUCUUGUGCCGCAUAAAAAUGCAUAGAUUUCGUAUUACGGAUUCAUAAGAGAGGAUCGUUCGAUUAUUGAAUUAUCGUGCAAAGCAGUUACGCUGGAUUUAUUAGAUGCGUCCCCUCAAUUUCAGCACGUAGAAAAAGAAAAAUGUAAAAAA